UAUACACACACACACACACAUCUACAUGAAAAAUAUACAUAUGUCGAGUAUUUUAAAUUUAAAUCCUUAAAUUCUUGAUGAAUGCUAAAAGCAGAUUAUGAUUCUAUAAAUCUUAUUGACUGUUCUUUUCAUCAAUGUACAAGUAUAUUAUUCAUUUGAUUUUUGAAACAAUUAAAUUUAAUAUUUGUCAAAAAUAUCAUUUUAUACGUACUUUUUAAAAAAAUAAUAUUAACUCGCAUACAUGUAUAUCGAAAUUAUUAAAUUACUUCAUAAACUAACAUUGUAUAAUUUGCAAUAAAAAAUUACCUUGAAUAAUCAUUUGGUUUUGUAAAUAAAAGUUAAGAAUUUAUUAAAGUUUUAUGUAGUAUUUUAUUAGCAUUUGAUAGUGCCAUAGAAAAAAAUUAUAGCGAAUAACUUGAUAACCGGCAAAGAACAAUUAGUUUAAUGAGUAAUCGUAAUAUAAAAAAAAACUUAAAAAAGCUUUGAUUCUGAUAAUAUCGUUUAUUGCCUCGUGUUAUCCGAAUAUGUACAUAAAAGAUACUUCACAUUUCUUAUGCUGGAUAACGCGCAACCUAACGAGCAACGAUAAAUAUCAAUCAUCAUACAUUUAUCCCCACCAUACUUAUUGCGUAUACCAUCCUACAUACAAUUCACUUUGCGAGCUGCUUCAUUCGCCAACACAUAGUGAAUUGCGUGUCUUCAUAUUUGGAGAAGGACCGACAUUCUCGAGGAAAAUAAUUUAUUUUUAGUGAUUUAUUUGAGAGUUCCAUUAUUUAAUGAUUUCCACAUUUGAAAAAUAUAGUUACAACUAUUGUUUGUUUGCUCUUUUCGAAUUUAUAUUUGCUAAAUUAAUGGACAACGUCUAAAGAACGAAACAUUUCUUCUUUAUAAUAUAUUUUAAUUAUACAACUAAUUGAAAUGAAAAUUACUAACAAAAUGAAACGUAAAGAAAUGUAAAAUAUAGAAAUCACUGUCACGUCCCGCGGCCCGCACGAUCCGAAGCGCGAAAGUAAAAUUGUAAUUUCUUUCAAAUCAAGUUUUUAGGAUUUAAAGUGAUAAUGGAGAACAGUGCUGACAUACUAAUGCCGGGUCAACGGAUUCGUCCACCAAGCAACAAUCAAAUAGCGGUGCGGCUCUUGGAAGAACUUUACGGUUUGAAAACAUCGAGUAUAAUCGAAUUAAAUGGGUAUGAUGACAGAAACUAUCAUGUAAUUUGUGAAGAAUCGUAUACGAAUUCUCAUAUUACGACUAUCAGUCAUCAUGGCUAUACUUUGAAAAUUAUCAACUCUUUGGAUUCACAGAAAACACAUGUGAUUGACGCACAAACUGAAAUGUUGAUAUUUCUAAACCAACAAGGUAUUAACUGUCCUUUGCCGGUAAAAAAUAUAAAUGGACUAUAUUAUGCUGUGGUCACGUUGAAUGUCGAUGAAUGCACUGACAAGUAUGCCGUGAGGCUGUUGGUUUAUCAGCCUGGCGAACUGUUGUACCGUAUUCCAAUUACUGAAGAAUUGUUCCGAAACGUAGGCAAUUUCACGGCUAAACUUACUAAUGCUCUGAUAAACUUCGUCCAUCCAGCUUUCGUCGGCCACAAGACUUUGUGGAUGUUGAAUUCUGUGCCAAAGUUACGUCAAUUUACUUAUGCUCUGAAGAAUGUAUUUGAAAGGGAGUUGGCGCAUCAGGUGAUACGAGUCUUCGAGAAGGAUGUGCUUCUGGUCAAAUCGAAGCUCCAGCAUGGUAUAAUUCAUGGCGACUUGAACGAACAGAAUUUCGUAAUGGAUUGCAAUGGCAGAGAAAUAGCUGCCGUGAUCGAUUUUGGUGAUGCGCACUGGACAUGUCUCAUUUUCGAGUUAGCUAUCGCACUGUGUUACAUGAUUUUGCAAGCUGGCGACGUGGCGAUGGGUAAACACGUCAUCGAAGGUUACCAGGAAUUUAGGAAGCUGACAGAUAUCGAGAAGAAGAUUUUGAAAGUUACUGUUUGCGCGAGAAUUUGUCAGAGUUUGGUUAUGGGCGCUUACAGUCAUCUUCACGAUCCGCAAAACGAAUAUCUGCUUACCACGCAGAAAUCGGGAUGGGCUUUGUUGAAGAAACUUUGGCCUCUUCCAGAGGACGAAGUUCUUCGAAACUGGGGCCUGAUGAACUGAAUUCUAUUGUUUAAUCUACUGUGACUGUCAAUUUGUUGGCCAUAAUUACUGUGUUCUUUUAAAUCUAUUGUCAAUUAUAGAAUAAGCAAUAAACAUAACUUUAUAUCACAAUAGAAUAUUGAAUUCAUUAAGAAAUGAA